AUGUUUCUGUCUGGACAGGAGCCUCAGAGCUCGUCCUUCCUUGUCCCUCUGUCACCUCCCCCAAUUCAGACACAGAUAUGGGUGGUGUGCAGCAGACCUGACACCCAGGUGGGAUCCCAGGCAGAAGGGGGUCCAAUGGCCACUGCAAAUUAUGACCCCCACCUGGGCGAAGGCCCAUCUGAUGACUCAGAGAGCCUCCUGGAUAAUUCUGACUCAUGGAGUGUGCUUUCUGAUGACUCAGUGCUUCCUGACUAUGAAAUGGAUGAAAAGCAUACAGAGCCAGCUAAAACUUUGUAUGAGGCCUGCGUUAGGAAUGACCCCACGUCCCUGAACAGGAUCCUGGAAAGAGGAGUCACUGAAGAUGAGGGCAUGGAACUUGACAUCAAUGGCAGGAAUGGACUGAUGUUGGCUGUGAGCAAGGGAUUCAUAGACAUUGUCACCAUGCUGCACACGUGUACAGUAAUAGACAUCAAUCACCAAGACAAUGAUGGCAAUACUGCCCUCAUGAUUGCUGCCCAGGCAGGUUUCAUCAGCAUUCUGAACUAUAUCCUUAACUACUACUCUGGUGUGAACACCGAAGUCAGGGAUCCCCGUGGCUUCACAGCCCUCAUCAAGGCAGGCUUGCAGGGCCGAGAAGAGUGUGUUUCUGCCCUGCUAAUGCAUGGUGCAGAUAUGAAUGCAAUGGACCUGGUCCAAGCGAGAGGUCUAAAGGACUGGAUCCUUAGGACAGGACGUUUUGAAACUCUUAAAAGACUACACCGUCUGCAGGCUCAUUCUGUCGCUGAACAGUUCUGUGAAAGCUACAUUCCUGAGUGGCCUGAGCUUAAGCAAUUGGUAGAAAAGGCCGACACCAAAACAGGCUGUCAGGCGCUGAGGCAGCGCUUAAAAGACAACUUUUCUUUCAGCUUCCCUCAAGACCCCCAAGACAAUGGAGUCAUGGACCAUAUGGUGCGCAUGACCACAGGCAUCCAUAGCCCCCUGAUAGCCACUGGCUGUCGUCCACUCUGUCCCACAAGCCCCCCUGAGAUUGGCAAGCGACGGUUAGCCGUCCCUGAACUGCUUGAAAAGCACAGCAGCAAGGAGUUGGAGGAAAGCACAGUGUCCCACAGUAAAGGCUCCUUCACCACCUCAGGUUCUCCCACUGCUGUGUCAGCCUCCUCUGUAUCCCUGACAUCCUGCCGCCAGGACCUGCCAUUAGGUGGCAUGAGAAGCUUAAUUCCCCACAGCAUAGCAAACAGGAACAGCAUCUUCCCCUCAGGCUGUAUUCCUAAGAUUGAAGUGACAAAGUCUGGGGAACCCACUCCAAAGAAAGAGAAAAAGAAGAAAAUGCAGAAGGGCUACCUGGAACCUCCUGUCUGGAAAAUGGUGCAGUUUCGAGACUGUCCUCUGCUGAAAAACGACCCCAUAACUCAUGGACCAUAA